AUUCCUAGGAAUUCCUAGGAAUUCCUACCAAUUCCCAGGAAACUGGGAAUUCAGUUUGCAAGGGAAGAAUUAUCAAAAGUCUAAUACGUAGCUACGAAGUUGACCUUAAGCUAUAUAUUAACCGCACGAGUGACUGGAGGAACGCAUAUCUUUGCCAUGAGAAAUAAGAAAGAUCCAGAGCUGGAGCCUAUCUUUGGUGGGGCCAGCAGAAGUAAUGCAUUAGCAGACUCUCAUCCUGAGCACAUUGGAAGAAGAACCAGGAUCUUGUUGGUGGUGUGCAUUUUAUUUACAGAGCUAUGUGAACGUCUCACAUUUUAUGGUAUUGUGGCAAACCUUGUGUUGUACUGCAGAGACUACUUGAAGCUUGAGGCUCCAUUGCCCAGCAGUAUCAGUCUUGCAUUUCAAGGCACCUCAUUUUUUUCACCUGUGAUCGGUGGCUGGGUGGCAGAUACUUUUCUAGGGCGUUACAACACCAUAUAUGGAAGCUCUUUGCUUUAUGUGGUUGGUGCCAUUGUUCUGGGUGCUGCGACAUUCGACUAUGGUGCCAUAUAUGGACUGAGCACCGGAAGUAAAGAGGCAUUCUUGGGAAUUGCGUUACUUCUCAUUUCUGUCGGAACCGGUGGAAUCAAAGCCAAUGUAUCCCCUUUAGGGGCAGAUCAGAUCGAGAAUGAAGGGCCCAUAAUUGUCCAGCGGUUCUUCGACUGGUUUUACUGGUUCAUUCAGUUAGGAUCUUUUUUAGCUUACACCGCAGUCGUUUCGGUGCAGCAAGAGGUGUCGUUCUUCUAUGGUUACGUCAUAACCGCUCUGUCAAUGUUCUUGGCAGUCAUAUUAUUCGUAAGUGGUAGAAAAUACUACAUUACUCAUGAGCAUAAAGGAAGUUACCUAUCUGAAACACUGAAGAUAAUAUGUCAGGGAUUAAAGAAGAUUCGAUGUCGGAGAAGCGCGCAAGUUGGGUCCCACUGGCUAGACCGGGCUAAAGAGAGUCUGGGAGGAACUUACAAAGAUCAAAGAGUCGAAGAUGUCAAGUCAGUGCUGAAAAUAGUUCCAAUAUUUCUUACAUUUAUCUUAUACUGGACGAUUUAUGGACAGGGCCAAACAAGCUACCUCCUUCAAGGUUCUUUCAUGAAACUCAAACUGUCCGAGCACUUUACAAUGCCGGCGGCCUCUCUGUAUCUCUUCGAGAUCACCAUGCUAUUAAUCCUCAUACCGAUUGUGGAUCGCAUUAUUUACCCAUCCCUCCGUUACUUCGGCAUCGACUUCACCCCCCUGAAGAAAAUGGGUGUCGGAAUGUUGUUUGCCAUGGGGUCUGUCCUCAUGGCAGGGUUUAUGGAGAUCGAAAGAAAAAAAUACAUCGACACACAUGGUUAUUUUAAACAGCAUCCGUUCGAUACUCCAGUAAAUGCCUCACAAAUGAACAUCUUUUAUCAAGUCCCUCAAUACGUGCUCCAGGGAACUGGGGAAGUACUGACUUCGAUUCCAGGGCUGGCAUUUGCUUACUCCCAGUCCCCUCUCUAUCUUCGUGGAGUGAUCAUGGGCCUUAACCUGGCCACCAUUGGAAUAGGCUUCUAUGUUGCUGGGGCUCUGGCAGCGAUAGCGAAAAAUGCUAGUGACGGCUCUUGGUACCCGCAGGAUUUGAACGCGGGCAAACUAGAAAACUAUUUCUUUUUCCUCGCUGCUGUGAUGUUCGCGAAUUUCCUCCUUUUUGUUUUCCUUGCUAGAAAGUACGAAUACGUUGAAUCCCCAAAUACUGUCACAGUUCAAGAGGAUCAUGGGCAAUCACUAAUUAAUACCUCGACAUCUAAUUUAGAAAAAGUUUAAGAUGCUGUCGGUGAGAGUUGCCUUAGCUGCGUUUGUUUUUCUUCUACCAAAUACGAGCUCGUUGGAUUUUAAAACACAAGUUUCUUUGAGAGUUGCUCCUUUUAUGCAAAUACCAUGGAAAUAUUUGAGGGAAGAGCACUUUACCAUCUUCCUAAAGUUAUUUUGCCAAAGAGGCUUUCGGAAGUCUUUAGAUCAAGAACUUUUACCGCUUUUGUUCUCGAGCUGACCAAAAGAUAGGCAAGCAACAAGGGAUUUUUUACUACAUGUUAACUGAUUUUCCUGGACUGGGCAGUCAGAUAUUAUUGAGUAAUACCUUUUAUCUCUUAAUUUUAUUUGGCUGCCAAACUGUCCGAUAGCAAGCAGCUUCUAAUCAGAUCAGACAGUUCUGGUGAAGCAUCAAAAAAAUUAAGCGAUUAAAAGGGCUGUUAAGAACAAUCAAUUUUUAGAAUUUUUUUCGCAUACGUAGUUGAGGAUAUGAUAGGUUUUAAAAUGGUUCAUGGCAAACCUGUUUUUUCAACGGUUUGUUUUAGCCGCUUUUUUCCUGAUUCAGCUGGUACUCUUUACAGAGAAAGGGACUCAAUUGUUCAGAGUUGCAAUGAUACCUAGUUGAAUUCAGAUAACUCAGUGACUUGAGGGAAAUGUCAGAAUUUUAAUAAUAUGUAUUUGAAGGACAAUCAAAAACGAAUAUUGCGAAGUCACAAGAAAAAUAUAGAUAACUGGUGGAAAUGGUGAAUAUGUUAUUGUACGGCAGACGAAAAUUAAUAUUUAUAAAAAUUGAUAUACAAAAUUAUUACAUUUUUUAAAUACAAAGCCGUUAGUUUUUCAUGAAAUUAAGUCUGUCUCUGAAUACCAUGAGAGAACAAGAUAGAGAGGAACAUCCCUAGGAGUGAUAAGUAUCUAAAUUCUCCCAGCAGUAUCACCCCUGAAUCAAACAUUAGGGUCAUGAGAAUAAAAAAAGAAAGAUAUCUAACUUAAGAAGCUCUUGAUUGUUAAGCAAAUUCUCUUUUGCACCUUAGCAAACCUAUAUAGAACAGUGCGGAGAACUUGGAAACCAAUUUCGGGAUGUAAAGGGCUAAGUAAAAUGUAGCUAUGUCGAAUACUUAAAACGUUUACCCAAUGCGGCAUUUGUGAACCUUUUUUUGAAGAGAGAUAGGUGGGGGCAGCAAAACCUUAUCUGAACAACCGAUAAAAACUGAACGAAACUGA